AUCCAGAUUCGCAAUCUUGACACAUUGCCCAUUCCUUUUUCACCACGUAUCUCUCCUUGUCCGCUCUACAAAAUCAUCCCAAUUGCACUUUAUUUUCUUCCUUGUCGCUUUCCUCAAUUCGUUGAUUGGACACUGUGGUGCCAUCACCACCGCCCAACGCCAUGGUCCGUCUACGAGAAAUUCCGAGGACGGCCACUUUCGCUUGGUCGCCAGGCUCAACACAGCCUUUAAUUGCGACUGGAACAAAGGCUGGGGCCGUGGAUGCCGACUUUUCCAACGAAACACAAUUAGAGCUCUGGGAGCUCAACUUGGAUGAUAGCGAGCAGGGCGUUGAGCUCAAGCCUGUUGCUGCUGUGAGCGUAGAAUCGAGGUUCAACGACAUUGCAUGGAGCCAGCCCACCGAGCAGUAUCCGCGGGGCAUAAUAGCCGGUGCACUCGACAGCGGGGCCUUAGUACUAUGGGACGCGGAGAAGCUACGCGCAGGCGAAGGCGAAGAUGCCGAGAUUGAUCAAAUCGACAAGCACACCGGUCCCAUCCAAGCCAUACAGUUCAACCCAUUCCGUCCGAACAUCCUCGCCUCUGCAGGCGCCAAAGGCGAACUCUAUAUCCACGACACCGACGACGAAUCCAAGUCCUACCGUUUGGGCAAGGCAGGAGCGAACCCCGACGAGUACACUACAUUAGAUUGGAACAAGAAGGUGCCACACAUCCUCGCAACUGGAAGCAGUGGAGGCUUUGUCACUGUAUGGGACGUGAAACUCAGGAAGGAGAAUCUGACAUUGAACCACUUUGGGCGCAAAACUGUCAGCGCUGUUUCUUGGGAUCCUAACGUUCCCACACGGCUCGUCACCGCGAUUCCGACCGACCAGAACCCGCUCGUGCUCGUAUGGGACCUCCGUAAUACGAAUGCACCCGAGAAGACACUGCAAUCGCACGACCAGGGCGUUCUCUCCCUCUCGUGGUGUGUGCAGGACAGCGACCUUCUCCUGUCUUGCGGCAAGGAUAAUAGGACAAUUGCCUGGAACCCGCACACCGGAGAGCAGUUGGGCGAGUUCCCGGUCGUGACCAACUGGACCUUCCAGACACGAUUCAACCCCUCGAACCCGAACCUCCUCGCUACCGCGUCGUUUGAUGGCAAGAUCGCCGUUCAGACACUACAGAGCACUGGCGCUGCCACUGACCAGAACAAGGCGGCAGCUCAAGCACCAGAAGGCGAAGACUUCUUUGCGCAGACCCACGCAGAACCUCAGGGCGCAUCUUUCACACUAAAGACACCCCCGAAGUGGCUGAAGAGAAGAGCAGGUGUGGCUUUUGGAUUUGGUGGAAAGCUAGUACGAUUUGGCCUUGUGGACAACAAGUCAAAGGUCUCGAUAUCCACAUUUGCGGUUGACUCGGAGGUCAGCGCGGCGAGCGAAGAGUUCGACAAGGCACUGGAAAGGGGUGAUAUCACGUCGAUUUGCGAGUCGAAGAUUUCAAAGGCAGCCAAUGACGAGGAAAAGGCCGACUGGACCGUCAUCGAGACCCUGACAUCGGAGAAUCCCCGUAGCAAACUCGUCGAAUACCUUGGCUUUUCAGAGAAGGCCGAAGAGCCAGCAGAGAACGAAGAAGAGAAGAAGGAGGCCAAGGCAGACGGAGAUGUGGAUGAAGGAGCUUCUUUUUUCGACAACGCGACCGACGAGGGCAACUUUUUGUCAGAUCUCGCGGCUUCAAAGGGUGCAAAGACCAACAACCCUUUCCAGAUUUACUCUGGCUCAGAGUCAGAAGCUGAUACCAAGAUCACCCGUAGUUUGAUGCUGGGAGACUUCAAUGCGGCCCUAGAUGUCUGUCUAAAGGAGAACCGGUUGUCCGAUGCUUUCAUGAUCGCCAUCUGUGGUGGCGAGAAGUGCAUUGCCAAGGCACAGGCUGCAUACUUCAAGAAGCAGUCUGAUGCGCCAAACUACCUGCGCCUACUUGCGUCUGUGGUCGGAAAGAACCUAUGGGAUUUCGUCUACAAUGCCGACCUCAAGGACUGGAAGGAAGUCAUGGCCACCAUCUGCACGUUUGCUGACCAGGCUGAUUUCCCAGAUCUUUGCGAGGCUCUUGGAGAUCGUCUGGAAGAGGCCAUCUCCGAAGAUACUGGUUCGUACCGAAAGGAUGCCUCCUUCUGCUACUUGGCUGGUUCCAAGCUCGAGAAAGUUGUGGUCAACUGGGCUCAGGAGCUCCAGGAAAGCGAAAAAGCUGGCAUAGAACAAACAGACAGCGACAACAGCUUCUCCAUUCAUGCCCGAUCGCUACAGGAGUUUAUUGAAAAGGUCACCGUGUUCCGAAAGGUGGUCAACUUCAAGGACGCCGAGCAGGACAAGGAGAAUGACUGGAAACUAGAGCCUUUGUACGCCAAGUACGUCGAGUAUGCUGAUAUCGCAUCUGCCCACGGACAGUUGGCGAUUGCAGAGAAGUACCUAGAUCUUCUUCCUCAGAAGUACCCGGCAGCAGACGUUGCUAGGAACCGCGUCAAGCAGGCAACGAGAAAGGUCGCAGCGCAACCAGCAGCUACUCAGAGACAGGCCCAACCUGCUGCAACUGGCAGACGUCAGGUUGUGGUUCCCGCAUACGGUCAACCUGCGCAAGCAACACCAGCACCUCCUCAGCAGACACCAUACGCUCCAGUCAACCCUCUCCAAACACAGCCAGCAGCGUCACCAUACACACCAGCCAAUGCGUAUGCCCCCCAAGCUCAGUCUAAUGUGCGAACAUCAUACACUCCAUCAACAGGAGUACCGGCUGGUAAUAAUGCAUACACUCCGAGUGGUUAUCAGCCAUCACAGCCUCAGCAGGGCUAUGGUUACGGCCAGGUUCCUCAGCAAAACCCCAUUGCGCCCCCGCCACGCAACUUUUCCAACUCACCCUCCAUUGUACCAGCAGCCAACAGAGGCAACAUCCCAGCCUGGAACGACACACCAGACUUUGGCCCUCCAAAGGCAACUUCACGUCGUGGUACUCCGAUGAACACAGUAGCUUCUCCGUUCCCUAACCAGCAGCAGCCUCUCGCAGGCCCGCCUCAGGGCCCCUUUUCGCCUGGAGCGAGGUCAACGCCUCCACCUCCGCCAAAGGGACCCCCGCAAGGCCCUCCUAGGAUGACUUCUCCCCCAUCUGGACCUCCACAGGCAGGAGCCCCGAACCCAUACGCACCAUCACCAGCAGCAAACACAUAUGCUCAGCCACCGCCUGCUGGUUUCGUGCCACCAUCACAAGCACCUGUACAGCGUGGACAAUCGCCGUACCAGCCUCCAACCGCUGCCGCACCGCCAUCAACCCGUUAUGCUCCUGCUCCAGGCACACAGCCGUCAGCGCCACCAGGACCAAUGGGAGGCAUGCCACCACCUCGAAACAUUGCACCACCACCAGGCCAGUUCACUCCUGCUGGGUCGGCAUAUGCACCUUCUCCAGUUCAACAGAUGCAACAAAUGCCACCUGCAGCGGCGGCACCGCCACCAAGGGGCCCACCACAAGGUCCCCCACGUGCUGGUCCCCCUCCUGGCGGUCCUCCUAUGGGUGGACCCCCGAGACCUGACUCGCGGCCUGGCACAGGACAGUCGCAAGCGGCUCCAGCAGCCGCGGCCAAGUAUCCUCCUGGUGAUCGGUCACACAUCCCCGACGCGUCUCGGCCCAUCUAUGAGAUCCUUGAAGCAGACCUCCAGCGCGUAAAGGCCAAGGCCCCAGCCCAGUACAAGCAGCACGUAGCCGACACCGAGAAGCGACUCAACAUCCUGUUUGAUCAUCUCAAUAACGAGGACCUACUGAAACCCGACACCAUUCAGCAGAUGAACGAGUUAGCGAUGAACAUUCAAGCGAGACAGUACGACACUGCUACUGCCAUCUUCUCGGACUUGAUGACAAACAAGACAGACGAGGGUAGCAACUGGAUGGUUGGAGUUAAGCGCUUGAUUCAGUUCAGCAAGUCUACUCAGUAGCCUAGAGGCGUUUUGCUGCUGUAGUGUUGGAAAACGUACCGGAAGGUUUCGUUAGGGUGUAUAAGUAGUAUUCAGGAAAAGUGAGGAUGAAUAGUGGGGCAUUUUCUUACGCAGGAGCAUGUGUAUGCGAUAGAGAAAAUGGUAUACACAAAUGAUUAUUACUUCACAGCUUACUUCUUCGCGGUUCGGUCUGCACGCUGAGCGUCACGACAGUGAGCCUGUGUCGGUUUAUAAGUGGGAAGCCUAAGGUUAUCGUAGUGUUGAAGUAAUGGCUAUAUGUGCGGGUA